AUGUCAACAGAUGAAGAGAAGAUUGCUGUGCAACUUGACAACAAUCACAACAAUGAAUCAGGCUCAGACAUUGCCGAAAGUAUCGAGAGAGAGAAGGCUGGGUUGAAGGCGAGGAGAAAAGUUGACACGACUGUUCUUCCACUUCUCUUCCUCGGCCUGCUCGUGUUCCAAUUGGACCGCAUGAACCUCGCCAGCGCGCUCACAGAUGGCUUCGCAAAGACCAUUGGCGUGAAUCAGAACACAAUCAACCUUGGAAACCAGCUUAUGUUCCUGGGCAUCGUCGUGCUAGAGAUCCCGUCGAAUCUCAUCCUGCAACGCAUUGGCCCGCGGAAAUGGAUAUCGGCCCAGGUCUUCAUCUUCGGCCUCGUCGCUUCACUCCAGGUAUUCGUCAAAGAUCGCGCAGGCUUCCUUGCCUCGCGAAUGUUUCUGGGACUCUGUGAGGCUGGGUACAUCCCCGGGGCCAUUUACACCCUGUCUACCUGGUACACAAAGCGCGAGUCCGCGAAGAGGGUUGCUGUGUUCUUCUUCGGCAUGUUCGGCGGAAAUGCGAUCAGUCCGCUUCUCGCGAGUGGAAUAUUGAAGCUCAGAGGCCGACAGGGACUCGCGGGAUGGCAAUGGCUGUUCUUGAUCGAGGGCGUCUUCACAAUGGUCGUAUCCCUCGUCCUCCUAUUCCUCCUCCCCGGAUCGCCCGACCAACCGCGCCCACUCCUCUCACCCGGCCUCAUCCACUUUUCGCCCGCCGACCAAGAAGGCCUUAAAAAGCGUAUCGAGGACGACGAUCCCGGGCGCAGACACGGCGCACAGGGCAUGGAAAUCCCGCUGAAGCUCGUCUGGCAGACCGUCAAGCACUACCGCCGCUGGCCGCACUUCGUCUCCACGUUCGCCGUCUUCUCCACCUGGAGCUCGCUGACGACCUACACGCCGUCCAUCAUCAUGGCGCUCGGCUUCGACCGCAUCGAGGCGAAUGCGCUCGCAUGCGUGGGUGGUUUCAUAGCGCUCGGUGUCGUGUUUUUCUUCGGGUGGUUGAGCGAUUACACGAAUAAGCGGGGUAUCAGCGUCGUUAUUGCUCAUAUCUGCUAUCUCAUCGUCCUGAUCAUAUGCCGCGAGGUUCAUCCCAAUGUGGGGAAGUGGUCGAGAUGGGGGCUCUGGACGAGUGUCAAUGCGUUCGCGAUCGGAUACCAUCCCAUUCACAAUUCGUGGGUGCAGUUGAAUUGCCAGGAUCCACGGGAGAGGAGCAUCAGUAUUGCUAUGUGGGUCAUGUCUGCCAUUUCCGGGCUCAUGGUCGGGACGCAGUAUUAUCGGGCUGAUGAUUUGCCUUUUUAUAACAAGGGUUUGAGGACCCAGAUCAUCAUGGUUUCUAUUGGAAUGUUCUUUGCGAUUGUGCAGGAAGCGGUAUAUUUGAGGUAUAACAAGAAGGCUUUGAAGAAGCAUCAGGAGGAAGGCGGCGAGAGACCGUGGCUGUAUCAGCCGUGA